CACUGUCAAAUAGCCGACACACCCUGUUUAGUCAUUACACGAAAGUAAAUGUUCAAGAGAUGGCAGCACUGAACCCCAAAAACCAGCAACAAGCUGACAAGAGAAUAAUAGGAUUCGAUUGUGAGUUUGUGAAGCCACCACCUUCGGAAUACAUCCAGUCAGACUGCCCAGUUUGUCUCCAGAUCAAUCGAGAGCCCCACCAGGUCACAUGUUGUGGAAUGAAAUUUUGCAAAGCUUGUAUUGAACAUAUCAAAGCAAUUAAAAAGCCGUGCCCAACUUGUAACGGACAAUUUUCAAUUUUUGCCGAUAAGGGUUUGAAACAAUCGCUCUACAGUUUGAAAGUUCGAUGUAGCCACCAGAAAGACGGGUGUGAGUGGACGGGGGAACUGAGACAGCUUGAUGAGCACCUCAACACAGAUCCACAGCCAGAUAAACAACUUGAUGGAUGUAAGUUUGUUGAGAUUGCUUGUUUCUAUAAAUGCGGGAACCAUCAGCAACGAAGGUACAUUCAAAACCACCAAAUUAAGGAUUGCCCCAAACGUCCAUUCAGUUGUGAACACUGCCAAGAUUACAAGUCUACCUAUGAUGAUGUCACCAACAACCACUGGCCUGUGUGUGGGUCCUUCCCUGUCCCCUGCCCUAACCAGUGUGGUUCAACUAUCCAGCGUCAGAAUAUAGACAGCCAUGUUGCCGAUGAGUGCCCCCUGACCACCAUCAACUGUGACUUCCACCACGUUGGCUGUGCUGUGAAACUCCCUCGACAAGACAUGCCAGAACACCUGAGAGAGAACCUACUCACACACAUCUCUCUAUUAGCCACCAGUCAUGCCAAGCAACAGCACAAAAUCACAAGUCUGGAAGCUGAAAACAGAAUACUUAAAACAAAAAUUAACGAGUUGGAACCAAUGAAACAACUGCUCACGACUGCACCUCCCAUCGUGAACUCUAGACCUCUUGGUCCCCCUGUUCUUACAAUGACCAACUUUAGACAGCACAAGAGAGAUAAAGAUCAAUGGUAUUCCCCUCCAGUCUACACCCACCAUCACGGCUACAAAAUCUGUCUUAAAGUGAACGCUAAUGGUAAUGGCAGUGGUAAAGGAACACGCGUCUCUGUGUUUGUGUCCUUCAUGAGAGGAGAGUUUGACGAUUCUUUGAAAUGGCCGUUUCGUGGUGCAAUAUCAUAUCAACUACUGGACCAGGUCAAUGGCGAGAAUCAUAAAAGAGUCACACUUCCAUACGAUGACGAUACACCAAAUGUAAGCUGUACCAGAGUGACAAAGGGAGAGAGGGGAGUGGGGCGGGGAAAUUCACAGUUCAUUGCUCACUCUGAACUGGAGCCCAAGUAUUUACAAAACAACACCCUUCUCUUCCAAAUAUACAAAGUAGAAUUGAAUAAACUAGUAUAAUUUUUUUAUAUAGACUACAUAUGUAAUCUACAUGGCUGUUCAUUAUUGCAACGGCACACACCAGGAAAACAGCAAAGAGAGACUUGUUCAUUUUC